AUGUAUGGCCUAACGGUCGCCUCGUCCAACACCAAGAUCUUAGUCCUUCUCAACAAAGCUCUGGCUAAACAAAUCAACUGUUUUUGUCCAACACUAAGAUUGUCCCCGCCUUCAGAGAUCUCAUGGCAUCUCAUGAUUAAUAAUCUAUGUUUUAUAUCUAUAAUAAGUAAAGAGUACGGACGUAAGUCGAGUAAUUUUGUCAAAAUCGAAGAAAGCUUUGAGUCUCUCAUAGGAAUACAUUACUCGACUUACGUCCGUACUCUUUCCGAUAAUUCAAUUGUAAAUAAUAAUAUUAUCAGCAAAAUGGCUGCCAACCAAUCAACAGGGAGGGGUGGGUUCGGAGAGGUAUAUCACGUGAGGCACAUGAUUGAAGGGGAAGAGUAUGCGGUUAAGAUUGUCAAGUUCCUUGACAUUUAUGGCGAUCACGAAAGACAGGGAAUAUUAAAAGAAGUUCAAAAUUUAGUUAAAUUGCGCUCAGAUUUUGUGGUGAAUUAUCGCAACUCAUGGCGUGAAGACAAUCAUCUGUUUAUUCAAAUGGAUUAUUACAAACAAAAUCUACAGACGAUUAUCGAUAAUAAGCACAUUGUAUUCGAGAGACAAACGGGAGAACCGAUGAAAAUAUUUGAAUAUUUUAUUUCGUGUGAAAUACUUAGAGAACUCGUAGAAAGUGUAAAGUAUUUACACGACUCGUGUCCACCGGUUAUCCAUCGGGACCUCAAACCGUCAAAUGUUUUGAUUUCACAAAAUAGUAAAAACACUCGGUUUAUACGGUUGUGUGACUUAGGAUUGGCCACCACUCACUCCAUGACAUCCAUGAGCCACACCUCUAAUGUCGGAACCGCACAAUAUAUGGCACCCGAAAUAUUUCAACCCCGAUAUACAAUCAAAGUAGACAUCUAUAGUCUGGCAGUCAUUGCGUUUCAUUUGUUUGAUUUAUUCAAUAUGUAA